GCUGCGCUGGCGGUCUGGAUCACCGUGCUGAGGUUCAUGGGAGACUUACAGGAGCCCAAGAGUCAGAUGGCGAUAAACGACGGCAGCGAGAAGAUCCCCGUCAUGACGAAGAUCUACGAGACCCUCGGAAAGAGGACGUACAAGAGAGAGCUGCAGGAGCUGCAGGUGGAGGGGGAGAACAGCGCCAUCGACAGCCAGAAGAGGAACAGUGUGAGACAUAAACUGGUGUCUCUCACCCUGAAGAGGAAAUCUAAAAUCACUGAGGAGGUGACCAGACGUCUGACGGAGGGGGAUUACGGCCUGCAGGGGAACAGCAUGCUGGAGGACAGACCCACCUCCAACCUGGAGAAACUCCACUUCAUCAUCGGGAACGCCAUCUUAAGACCCGCCCUCAG